AUGGAGCCUGGCCGAGUUUACUUAAGAAACUCCAGGGCUCUUCUACUCACCAUGAUGAUGUUCAAAUGGGGAGUCUUCUGCACGGCGAAGACAGAAAUUUGUUUGUCCUCACCAUGUCAAAAUGGAGGCACAUGCAUUGAAGCAGUGGAUGAUUAUGCAUGCUUAUGCCCAAAAGAGCCACUUAUCUAUGUGGGUAAAGACUGUGAUCAUCUUUAUGAUGCAUGUGCUAAUGUCAACUGCUCCAACUGCAUCAGUACCCCGGGCAUGGAGAACUAUUACUGCCCGUGCCCGGAUGGCUUCGGGGGCCCUUACUGCACCCAUAACUUGGAUGAAUGUGAAAGCAACCCAUGCACCGGAAUUAAGAGCCUUUGUGUGGACGAGUCGAAUGGAUAUUCCUGUCACUGCCCAAAGGGCUACAGUGGUGAGGACUGUCAGACAGAGGUGAUGGACUGCUCAGAUGAUCCAUGCUUUAACAAUGCUUCCUGCAUGUGGACACCAAGUGGCUAUGAGUGCCAUUGUGCCCCUGGCUUCCAGGGGAACCAGUGUGAAAAUUACAUUGAUGAAUGCCUAUCCCAGCCUUGUCAGAACGGAGCCAUCUGCCGUGAGGGUGUAGAUGUGUACCACUGCUUCUGUGUACCUGGGUUUCAAGGUUACAACUGUGAGAUAGACAUUAAUGAGUGUGCAUCCCGGCCCUGUGAAAACAACGGAACUUGUAUUAAUGGCAAGGAUCGCUACAUCUGUAAGUGUCUCGAUGGGUUCACAGGAGUGAACUGUGAGGUGGAAAUAGAUGAAUGUGAAGUAACACCGUGUCAGAAUGGUGCUACAUGUCAUGACCAUGUGGGCUUUUACACCUGUGAGUGUCUGUCUGGGUUUGAUGGCAUUAACUGUGAGGUGGACAUCAACGAGUGUGCCAGCGUGCCAUGCCUCAACAACGGUUUAUGUAUCGACAUGGUGAACGGGUACGAGUGUGACUGCAGUGGAACUGGGUUUGCUGGACAAAUCUGUGAAGAGGACAUUCCUGAAUGUGCAUCUGACCCCUGUCAGCAUGGAGCCACAUGUAUCGAAGGAGUGAAUCAAUACACUUGUCAGUGCUGGCCAGGCUACGAGGGGCAGAACUGUGAGGUGGAUGUGGACGAGUGUGCAGCUCAGCCCUGUGAGAAUAAUGGCAAGUGUUUCCAGCGUUCAGACCAGAGCCAUUACGGAGUCCUGGCCCAGCUAGAUGCAGCCUUCGUCUAUCAGCAUGCUGCUGGCUACCUCUGCCAGUGCUUGUCUGGCUUUACAGGGGAAAACUGCUCAGUUAACAUAGAUGAGUGCGAGUCCAUGCCGUGCCAAAAUGGUGGAAGCUGUGAGGACCUGAUCAAUGCAUAUAAGUGUUUAUGCCCCUUGGGAUUCACAGGUACCACAUGUGAGGUGAACAUUGACGAAUGUAAAAGUGCACCAUGCCAAAAUAAUGCCGUGUGUAAGGAUGACAUUAAUAACUACAUCUGUCUGUGCCCUGACCCCGUCCCUCACCAGCUGCCGUGGGGUGGCCGGAACUGUGACGUUGCUUUGACCGGCUGUGUGAGUGAACCCUGUCACAACGGAGGCACGUGUGAGCCAUCACUACAUGGAGACGAACACACUUACACCUGCUGGUGUCCUCCUGGCUUCUAUGGUCCCGACUGCAGCGUGUCCACCACUUUUUUCACAUCCAGGGGAGCCUAUGUGGUUGUGGACGCUCCUCAAAGCAAAUCAGACGACACACAGACACCUAAUGUGACGCUAAGGUUUAGAACAACGUUACCCGACGUGGUGCUGUUUUUCAGAGGAAGUGCAGAGCAUUUCUUCACUCUGGAGAUAGAAGAUGGAAAUCUCAUAGCCACAGCAGAAUCAGGGGACUUUAAGCUGAAUGUAAAGCUUAAUGGACAUUUUAAUGAUGGGCUGUGGCACGGGGUGACUGUUUCUGUGGAUGAGAAGUUGGUUCUGGUUUUACUGGAUAAGAAUAACUCACGUGUUGAAGAUGGAGGUCACAAUCAGCUCUUCUUUUUGGAGAAACACGGGCUGGAAAAAGUUUAUAUUGGUGGGGUUCCAGUACCUGAAUUACUGGGGAAAACAAAGACUCGGACAGAAUUUGUUGGGUGCAUAGAGGAUCUAGUUAUUGAUUUUUGGGUUAUUUUGCCCCAGGAUCUCUCUCAAGACCAGGCCAAAAACAUUCAACUUGGCUGCGAAAAGCCUGAAUGGUGCCAACCAGAUGCUUGCUCCCAGCGGGGCCACUGCGUAGAUCUUUGGACGGAGUACAGAUGUGACUGUCACAGACCAUUUUAUGGAAAUAUCUGUGCCCAUGAGUACUCUUCAUGGACAUUCAGUCAUGAGUACAACAAAAGCUUUGCUGCGUUUCCCAUAACUCAGAGACACGCUGGGAACAUCAGCCUCUCAUUUUUCUUGAGAUCACUCAAGUACGAUGGUGUUGUUUUUCAACUGAAACGAGGAAAUCAGGCGUAUUUCACCGUGUUCCUGAGGAGAGGCGCAAUCAACGUCGCUGUUUACUCUGCCAUCAGAGAAACUUCUACCUUCAUCACCAGCGGAGAAAAGUUCCUCGUAACCAUCGACAGUCAGGGAGGAUUUUUGUACUUCAAUCGCACUAAAUUACUUUUCAGUCCCGGGACUUUUUCUAAAUUUGAAGUAGAGGUGGGAGACGUGGCGUUUCUCGGUGGACUUCCUGAAGAAGAUAAUGCCAUAAAGUGGGGAGGCUACUUUAAAGGAUGUCUGCAGGAUGUAAGGAUGGAUGACACUCAGUUCUACAUGCAAUUGAACAAAACUCUUAAAACAUUUGAACAUCCAAGCUAUUUACCAAAUAUUUCUCAUCAAAUACUGGAGCGCUGUGUCAGUGACCAAGCAUGUAAGACUAAGCCAUGCCUAAAUGGAGGAGAGUGUCUGAUCAAAUGGAAUGACUUCAUCUGUUCCUGUCCAGCUAAUUUUACUGGGAAGAAGUGCGACACCCGGGUGUGGUGUGCCAGUGACCCGUGUAUCACGGGCAGCCAGUGUGUGGACCUGCCUGAUGGAUAUGAGUGCUUGGCCAGUGCCACAUUAGAGAACAAUGCUUUGAAGUACAGCGCCAACGGCUCUUUACCUGCCCCAGUCACAUCAGUGUCUAUGAAACUGCGGACACGUGAGGAGAGUGGUAUACUUCUUCGAACCUCUAAUGGCCCAGAGUACUUCUGUAUGGGCCUCCUGAACUCGUCCAUACUGCUGAAGAUUCACAGCAGCAACAACCAGGAAGUGUUGGCCUUCACCAGCGAAGUAGAGGUUUCAGAUGGAGUGUGGCACCACGUGGAGUUAAGGAAAUUGGGUACAUAUUACUCAGUAAAGCGAUGGCACCUUUUAAUCGAUGGACAAGCUACCAGUUUCAGCCGAGCAUUUAGUGCCAAUCUGGACUUUUUAAACCACUCCAUCGUUUGGCUGGCAGAAAAUUACACUGGAUGUCUUGGUGAAGUCAGAAUAGGAGGUGUGUACCUGCCGCUGGUGAAAGGAGCUCAGGAAGAAGUGCCCCAGUUUUCACGAUUUACCACCUAUUGGGGAACAAAAGAGCCACAGCUCGGGUGCCGAGGCGCCCCCUUGUGUCUUUCGCAGCCGUGUUUAAACAACGGCUCAUGCCAGGACCUCUUCAAUCUCUACAGCUGCAACUGCGCCCCAGGCUGGGAGGGUGAAAACUGCCAGGAUGAUGUAGAUGAGUGUGCCUCUGGGCCAUGUGUGAACGGGAUCUGCAGGGAUCUGCCUGGGGAUUACCAGUGCCAGUGUGCCAGGGGCUACACAGGCAGGCGCUGCAAUGAGGACAUAGAUGAAUGCCAGGAGCUGCCCUGUUCGAAUGGAGGCUCCUGUGUGAACAAAGUUGGGGGAUAUACUUGUAUCUGUCCACCUGAAUACAGUGGUCCGCUGUGCCAAUGGACUUUUCCUCCACUGCUGUGUGGAGUUGAUGUGCAGUGUGGCAGUCAAGGAGUGUGCAUGAAUGGACCGUGGGGGGCCAACUGCACCUGCAGUCCUGGGUACAUUGGAGAUAGAUGUGAGAUUGACAUAGAUGAAUGUGAGUCUAGCCCCUGUCUGAAUGGAGGAACCUGCUUGGAUAGACAGAAUUAUUACCUGUGUGAGUGCCUGCCAGGCUUCAGUGGAGAAAAAUGUGAGACUCCUAGACUGCAUCAGAGAGAACGUAUUCCUUGGCUGGUGGUGGCCAUCCCACUGAUGUGUUUGGGUGCUUUGCUGGCUGUGGUGGGUUUGGCUUGCAUGGUGCUCACUGCACGAAGGAAGCGCCAGUCUGAAGGCACCUACAGCCCUGGCGCACAAGAGGUGGCAGGAGCUCGGCUCGAGAUGGGCAACGUACUUAAAGUGCCUCCAGAAGAGAGGCUGAUAUAA